GCCGGAGGAGAUGGAGGGAGGAGACGGAGGGCUGGGAGUAUUUAUAGGUGGAGGAUGAGGAGGUAGAGUGACUGCGAGGAAGAGCGGGAGGGAGGCAGAAGUACAAAGAGAAGGAGGAUCCCCACACAAGGAGAAGAAAAGGAGACAAAGAAGAGGAGCACGUGAGGAGGAGGAGGAAAGCAUGCUGAGGAGGAAGAGGAGCGUGUCGUUUGGGGGCUUCGGCUGGAUUGAUAAGUCUACGGUCAGCCUUCUCAGAGCUCGCAAACAGGACCACCUGACCAUCCCCAAUGCUCCUGUGGCAGAGUGCCCCCCCUCUCCUCCCCGGACUGCGCCCCCCACCAUGAAGUCGGCCCAUUUCUUCGACACGAUGGACAUGAUGGAGCAGCGACUGCGAUCUUGCGUUGCGCUGAGUGAAUGGGAGGAGCUGUGAAAGGUUCAGGGGUGGGUUCAGACUCAACUGUGUCUUCUCUUCCUGACGGGGGUGCAGCAGGUGCCAGAAGCUGCAGAGAUGAAGAGCGCUCUCCAGAGGCAGAAGGACGACUACAUUCCUUAUCCGAGGAUCGAGGAGGUGCUGGAGAGGGGGGGGCCUUACCCUCAGGUCAUUCUGCCUCAGUUCGGCGGUUACUGGAUCGAGGAUCCUGGGGGCCCACCUCCUACUGCACCUCCACCUAUUUAUCUUAACAGCAGGGGAGAUGCAGAGGAGGAGGUGGGACAGUUGGAACGAAGAGAGCUUGAGGACCGCCCCCCAGAGGAUUAUGGGUACCAGCUGGAGGAGACUAAUGAGGCUGCACGGGCGUACAGGAAGCACUUCUUGGGCAGGGAACAUCUGAACUUCUCCUGCGCCUCCAGUUGUCUUGGAAACCUGCUUCUGUCUGUGAGACACCAAGACCAGGAUGGCCAGGAGUUCCUUCACGUGAUCAUCAGGUGUCGAGAGAAAAGCACCUACCACAGAUUAUCUUUGGCAGAGCUUCCAGACAUCCCCAGUGUCCCUGAGCUGGCCAGGCUGCUGUGCGAUGAAGCUGCAGGACUGCGGUUCAGUCCAAUCCUCUAUCCAAAGGCGUCUCAUCUGAUCGUGAGCUACGACGAGCACGAGGUGAACAACACCUUCAAGUUUGGAAUCAUUUACCAGAGAUUUGGACAGGUGUCUGAGGAGGAGCUGUUCAACAACAACGAGGAGACGCCGGCCUUCAUAGACUUCCUGCAGCUGCUGGGGGACACUGUGGAGCUGCAGGACUUUAAGGGGUUUCGAGGGGGCCUGGACGUGUCCCACGGGCAGACGGGGUCCCAGUCUGUCUACACUGUCCACAGACAGCAGGAGAUCAUGUUCCAUGUUUCCACCAAGCUGCCCUUCACAGAGGGAGACAUGCAGCAGCUGCAGAGGAAGCGUCACAUUGGAAACGACAUUGUGGCAUUAGUGUUUCAGGAAGAGGCCACGCCCUUCGUCCCGGACAUGAUUGCCUCCAACUUCCUGCACGCCUUCAUCGUGGUACAGGUGGAGGAGCCGUGCUCGGACAACACCGUCUACAAGGUGUCCGUCACAGCACGAGAUGAUGUACCUAUGUUUGGCCCACCCCUUCCUACCCCAGCCAUCUUCAGGAAGGGUCCAGAGUUCAGAGAGUUUCUUCUCACUAAACUCAUCAAUGCAGAGCUGGCCUGCUACAAGAGCGACCGCUUCGCCCGCCUGGAGGAGCGAACUCGGGCCGCCUUGUUGGACAGCCUCCACGAGGAGCUGCAGAGACGCUCACAAAGCAUGCUGGGAUUGACAUCGGGGUUGGAGGAGGAAGGCCGAGCAGAGAAUGGACAGACCCACGGAGGACUGCUGGAGUCCAUCAAGAGGGCCAUGCGAGGCCGGAGCAUCUCCAUGGAAACCAUGUCGCGGGGCGGACCACUGCUGCCCACCAGCCUGAGUGGAGGGGGUCUGGCACACCUGAGCAUUGAGUGCGGUGCAAAGUCUCCGGUGAGGCGGCGCUCAGGACUCUUCCCUCGUCUGCUGAGCAUGGACAGUCAGACAGAGAAACACAGCCAGAGGAGCCUCCUCAGUGAGCAGCGCAGCUUUGACUGUUAUCAUCCCACCCUGGAAGUGCCAUCGGAGCUGCCGUCCAAUCCCAGCUCUCCGGAGGCAGGACAGCGGGACAGGAUUCAUGGGAAAAAGGAGAGCAGUAAGAUUUCCAGAUCCACAUCAAGCACCUGCAGCUUCAGCCUCCCUGCAGACGACGCACACUUGGUGGCGCUAGACGCUCAGACUUCGUGUCCGCUCAUCAUGUGUCGCAGCCCCACAGAGCUGAAAAACAAGAGCUCCCCCCGAUCCAACCUGAAGUUCCGCUUCGACAAGCUGAGUCACGCGGCUGCAGAACUGUCGCACACAGACAAGCUUCCCCACCUUUGUGAGGACCACUGAUGGUGUAUUUCACUGCAGCUCUUCUGUUUCACACUCAACAACCUGGUUUCUGAGGAUCACAGCAAGAUUUUUGGAGCUUUUAACUUGUACAGUUUGAUGUAUGAACUUCACAAAAGUCCUUUUAGUUUUUUUACACUAAACGAGUCAAAGUGUAAUUUAUUUCAAUAAUUGUCCUCUUUCGUCUGAGUGGUUUCUUUGGGAUUUAAAUUGUCUGUUUUUCACAUUUAUUGAUUCCAGCACUUUUUGUAAUCAUGUGAUCCGUGUAAUGUGAGGUGUUUUCUGUUCAUGUGGUGCACAAAGGAAAUAAAUUAUUUCCUCACAAA